GCACUGCUCUCGAAUCUUGAUUUGUCAUUCCCCCAGCAAGCAGCCGUGUGUGUUGUGUUCUGAUUUUGCAAAUUUUCUAAUAAAACUUUUUAAAAUAAAAUACAUACAAAAUGGAAACUAUUCUAGGAAUCAGAGGCCCAGACUUUGUAAUGGUUGCAGCCGACACAACACAUGCUCGUUCUGUAAUUGUAAUGAAAGAUGAUCAGAAUAAAAUUCACAAAAUCAAUGAGAAACUCUUGAUCGCAGCAAUCGGCGAGUCCGGUGAUACUGUUCAAUUUACCGAGUUCAUCUCGAAGAAUAUUGCUUUGUACAAGAUGAGAAAUGGCUAUGACUUGUCACCGAAGUCAGCUGCCCAUUUCACACGUAAAAACCUCGCCGACUAUUUGAGAAGUCGCACACCAUACCAGGUUAACAUGUUUGUUGCUGGAUUCGACGAAAAGGAUGGCCCUGAAUUGCAUUACAUUGACUAUUUGGCCAAUGCAAAAGAUGUCAAAUAUGGUGGACAAGGAUAUGGAGGUCUAUUUUGUGCAAGUAUCUUUGAUCGGUAUCAUCAUGCCAAUAUUACCCAAGAGGAAGCUUAUGAUGUUAUGAAGAAAUGCGUUGUCGAGAUUCAAAAACGUUUGAUUGUUAAUCUGCCUUCAUUUAAUAUUGCAGUAGUCGAUAAGAAUGGCAUUCGAAAUCUCGAUCAAAUUACAGCAAACAGUUUAAUUGGUUAUGCAGCAUAAAAUUUUGAAUUGUUUGUAAAACUGUUUUUAUAUUAAAAAAAAGAAAGAAAGAAAAAAUAAAUGUAAAGAAAUCAAUCAUGUUUGGUAUUUGGUAAAAAAUAGAAUAAAACUAAGCAUUUUUAAUCACAUUCAAAAA